AUGUUUAAUCGAUUUCUUGCACCCUGUUGUAAAGAUUAUGCAUGUGAUUGUUGUCUAACGCCCGAAGAAGUUAUGAAUAAGGAUAUAAAUGAUUAUUUGAAGCGGAUUCGUCGACAAAAUUUGCAUGAAAGAAAGCUACUUCUGUUAGGAAAUGCUGAAGCUGGAAAAUCAACAUUUCUCAAACAAAUGAAGUUAAUUCAUGGUCAAGGCUUUCGAAUUGAUGAAAAACGUCGGUUAGUUCCAUUCAUUUAUCAACAAAUUCUCAGUGUUGCUCGAUGUAUUUGCCGACAAAUGAGUAUUCUUUGUAUCCGGUUUCAGGAUCAUCGAAAUGAAGAAUAUGCGCGAAUGUUGAGUUCAACGAACAAUGAUGAUAAUGGUGAUGGAAGUAGUCUUUCAUUAUCCCCGCGUAUCGUCGAAGCAAUAAAACAUGUUUGGUCCGAUGAAGGUGUGAAAACGUGUUAUCGACGACGAAGCGAGUAUCGAUUAACAGAUUCGGCUAAGUAUUUUCUCGAUGAUAUCGAACGAAUUUCUGCACAAAAUUUUACACCGACGGAUGAUGAUAUUUUACGUGUUCGUAUUCCGACAACGGGUAUUGUUCAAGAAGAUUUUCAAUUUUCUCAUGUUCAGCUUCGAAUUGUUGAUGUUGGCGGGCAAAAAACCGAGCGUCGAAAAUGGAUCCAUUGUUUUGAUAAUGUAACAUCUAUCAUUUUCCUUGCAUCGUUGAUUGAAUAUGAUCAAUAUGUGGACGAUUCAACCGGCAUGAUUCUGAUGGAAGAGAGCUUAGCAUUAUUUCAUGUUAUACUUUCAUCGGAUUAUUUCUGCAAUGCGUCAAUCAUUCUGUUCCUUAAUAAAACUGAUCUUUUUCCUGAGCGUUUACUCGGGAAACCCCUUCGACAAACCUAUCCUGACUUUGACGGAGCUGAUGAUGACGUCGAGGCAGCGAAACAAUAUAUCAAAAACAAAUACUUACGUUUAGUCCCACCACGAGAGGGAUGUGCCGAAAAGAAUAUUUAUCCUCAUUUCACCUGCUCUGUCGAUAGCAAAAAUAUUCGCAUUGUUUUCGAAUCAGUAAAAGAUACCGUCUUGGCGCAUAAUCUUUACUAUUGGACACCAUAUUGA